AUGUCAGUCACGGGCUCACGGGGCGGUGAUGGCUGUUGCAGUGCAGUAGGUUUGGGGCUCGCGAAGAAUCGGACACAGCUCUGGGCGGAGAGCAAGAGACGAUUUUCGCACGACAGCACACAGCUCGGUGCAGCAAGGGCUCGCGGGCUGGGGAUGGAUGCACAAAAAGCUUUCUGGUCGCUCUUGGCUGGUUUCCUUGGUGAAACACGAUCUGCGGCGGACGAUGAUGUCGACGACUGGAGGCUGAAGAGUGGCCAAAAACACCGAGCAGCACAGCAGCGCAGGUGGUGUGUGGAGCGGAAAAAGCAGCAGCAGCCACUUACCGGAGAUGAUCCUGCUGCUGGUGCUUCGCGAUGGGGGAGGGUAGUGUGGGCGAGGAGAUGUCAGACGGGGAGCGGAACAGCAGACGGAGCGAGCACGAAGGCAAGGCGCGGCGGCGGGAGGUUGUCACUUAUACGCAGCUCGAUCAAUUUCUCGUGGGUGGGACUAGGUAGCGAACUCCACCUCUGGACGACUGCUCCAAGCAAGCCUCGACCUCGCUCCUGUUGCUGCUGCAGGAGGCUCUUCGGCUCCAAAAGUGGCGGCUCGCUCACCACUGCGAGAGCUUUCUUCAUGUUUGUGCGGACGUGGACGAAGCCGGUGGGACGGGUCUGGUCGACGGUCACUCCAUCCAUGAGCCCACCACGACCGCGACCACGCCCACUCCUCCUCGGCUGCUGUCGUCCCCCAACACUAACUAAUUCAAAUCCAAUGUCACUGUUCUUCACAUUCACUCCAUCGUUUUAUGCAUUUCCAUUGUUGACCAUGACGCAUCUCCCCAAUGCACGUCCACGACAGUCGCCGGACAUGUGCGCAGUUCCCAGCGGCCAAACAAACGACGACGAAAUAAUUUCUCCCAAGCUCCCGCACGCAGACCCUUGCCCGACCCCAAGAUGCACCUCAUUAGACUCGCAGCUGCGCCGGGAUCGGACGAGCUUGAGGCCCACCUGCUGCUGCCUCACUCGCCAACGCAAUCUGAGAAUGACUUCACCCGUCCCAGUGCCGCGAGCGAGGGAGAUUGCCGUGCAGCAGUGUGACUGCAAGCUUAUUCUCACCGGCCACUUGCUCGGCGUGCCUCUCAACCUCUUGCCAUUCUCGUCGGACGAAUACGGAGCGGGUAGAGAGGAAGCUGAGGGCGCAAUUGCCGUCCUCGUAAAUUCUUCGCUACCCCGCCGACAUCGCUUGCCCGCCAUCUCCAGCCGCGAGUCUGGGCAAGUCGAAACGGCGACGACGUUCACAUGCUUUCAGCUUCGAGACGAACGUGCCAAGCCGUGUCGUGUAGGAAGUAGAAAAGGGCAUGCGUGUCCGCUACUGGACAGGUGGCCACGACAUUCCAAUUACGGUGACACAUUGAAAAUCAGACGUGGGAAGUGGAGAGGCUGA